CCAUCCCUGCUGCGCCGCGGCCAGACGCGAGGUGCUGCUCCGGCAGCGUGAGCUGAACAGGGAUGAUUCUAGGCAGCCUGAGCCGGGCGGGCCCAAUCCCGGCCAUCCUGCGCCCGCCGCCAGCCAUGAUGCAGUCACCCCUCGAUCUCAAGCCCUUCCUGUCGUUCCCCAUGGAAGCGCAGCCAGCCGUGGGCCUCUUCCCGGGUUUCAACACGGUAAGGCCGUGGCUGCUUCCGGCCCAGGAGGUGCAGGCUCGGAUGGACCCAGUGCAGAAAGCAGUGAUCAACCACACCUUCGGGGUACCCGUAGCCAAGGCCAAGCGCCCCAUCAUCUCUUGCAACGUCUGCCAGAUCCGCUUCAAUUCUGAGAGCCAAGCUGAAGCACACUACAAGGGGAACCGCCACGCCCGUCGAGUAAAGGGAAUUGAGGCAGCCAGGACGCGGCAGAAGGAGUCGGGCACCCGCGAGGGAGACAAGCCGGGGCCUGUGGGCAGUCCGUCCUCCAGCACCGGGGAAAGUGAUUCUGACCGCACAGCCGAGCAGCUGAACGGCAUCGGAGGUUCAGUGACGGUGCCUCCUGUGCCAGCUCCUGCCUCUCCGGAUAAGCAGCCCUGCCUGGCGUCUCCAGCCGCUGCCCCAACACCCCACUCGGCCCUCUGCCUGGAGCCCAGCCAGAAUCCCAAGAGUGGGCCAGCCUGGGGGACCAAGGUGGCGGAGAUCUCAACGGCGGCGGCCCCAGCAGCAGCAACGGCAGCCCCAGCCACUCCAGGGGGGGCUCCCCAGAGCAACGGCAGCACCAAGCCUGAUGAGGAAAAGGCCAAGAAGCUGCUGUACUGUGCACUCUGCAAAGUGGCUGUCAAUUCGCUGUCUCAACUUGAGGCACACAACAAAGGUACAAAGCACAAGACUAUCCUGGAAGCGCGCAGCGGGUUGGGGCCUAUCAAGGCAUAUCCACGCCUGAGCCCCACAGCUGGAGGGGAGCCAGGCAGCCAAGACCCCAGUGCUCAGGAGAGAACCUUCCACUGUGAAAUCUGCAACGUCAAAGUCAACUCGGAGAUCCAGCUCAAACAGCACAUUUCAAGCCGGCGACACCGGGAUGGAGUAGCCGGGAAGCCCAACCCCUUGUUGAGUCGGCACAAGAAGCAGCGAGGCAUGGCAGAGCUGCCGGGCUCCCUGGCCUUCCACAAGGAGCUUCCCAAGUCACUGGCAGCUGGAUUGCUGCCCAGUCCACUGGCUGUAGCAGCUGCCAUGGCAGCCGCCGCUUCCACGCCCCUGACGCUGCGACCAGCCCCAACGCCGCCACUGUUGCAGGGCCCGCCUCUGACGCACCCGCUCCUGCGCCCGGCUCCGGGGCCCAUCCGAACUGCACAUGGACCCAUCCUCUUCUCGCCGUACUGAUGCCGCCCUUUCCGCCCACCCGCCUGCCACAAUCCUGGGACUCCUGGCACCACUGGAACCGCCCCCCGGCAACUAGCAACCAGUCCCGGCAAUGUCACACGGCGUCCAGUCCCAUCCAAUGGGAGCAUUUUACUUCCCCCCCUUUCCCCCUUUUUUUCUUUUUAACUGGAAAU